AUCGCAUCUACUGCCUGUAGCUCGCUCCUCAGGCUUAAGACCUAAAUCACAGUCCACGAGACGAUGCGGCACCGGUAGCAGCUUCUCAACCGCCAAUUCCCAUGCGCGACAUCCUCCCCGGCCGGCCGCAGGCGAAGCUGCAAGCUGUCACCCAUGGACUGUGGGAGGGCAACCAGAUCAUUGCCUACGUGUCCGGCAAUGCGCUCAUCAUCCUCGAUUCCCCGAACCACGUCCUCCAAACGACCUACAUCGACGAAGAGUCCGAGCUCGAAGCCGUCGCGCUCGAUGAAAACACGGGCAAGAUAGCGACAUGCUCUACGCGCCAUAUAUAUGUAUAUCAGCCAUACGGGCAAGAUGAGGGCGCAAUCAAGUGGUCGCUCCAGGGCAGCAUGUCCCUCCCCAACUCUGACGAUUCCAUUACCACGCUGUCAUGGGGCAUGCCCGACGAAUUGCUCACUGGGAGCGCCUCCCUCUCGCUGUUCAACACACGCGGUACGACGGAACAGAUUUGGGCAAAGCAGUUGGCGAAUUCCGUCAAGUUCGCGCAGUUCUCGCCCGAUGCGGAGAUGAUAGCUUCGACUGGCGCAUACGAUAGGUUGCUGAAGAUAUGGCGACGGGUGGCAUUCGGCUCCGCGGACCAGCGCUUCGAUUACUCCUACUUGCCUCAUCCCUCCGUCAUUACAGGCGUACAUUGGCGCCAGCCCUUCCACCGCGAACAGACGACAGAAAAUGUGCUAUAUACGAUAUGCGCCGACUACAAGGUGCGCAUAUGGGUGCCCGGAGAACACCAUGGUGCAGAGGGGCUGGACUUGUGGACCGAGGUGGAUCUGCUGGAGUCGAUCAAGCCGCGGUCGCUAGAGCAGCACUCGCAAAAGAGAUAUGCCUUCUUUAUCGAUGGGAGAUACUUCACACAUGCCACGGAAAGAGCGGUGCAACAGGCUUCCAUGCCGGAGAAGGACCAGAUGGCGCUGAACCACCUCAUUGAGGUCGCGAACCGCAAUCCCGAGAUAUGUGUUGUGCUGGACGACCGGGGGAAUAUGUCUGCGUGGGGCUUCGAGAACAUCGGAGCUAAGAUAAAGAAGAUUACCGAUGUGUUCAAUAUCGCCCAUGUGGACGGGUUGCAUCUGCACUUUGCAAAGGGCGCUAGCGGUCUGCAGGAUAAUGUUCAAUUCUACGCCUUUUGUCACGACAAGCCGGAUUCGGUAUUUACCAUCCUUUCGCACCACUUCGACGGGCGAUUAGAGUGGCUGCAGUCUCGCAUCGAUUACUUCUUCGACCCCUCGCCAAACCAAUCUAAUCGUAUCGAACGUAAGGCGGUAUGGACCGGGCAUUCCCAUGCCAUCAAGAAGGUCAAUCGUACGCCGAGCGGAAGGGCCUUGGUAUCAAGAACCGUGACGGACGAAUGCAUAGUAUGGGUUCAGCGGCCGACCGAGCACGGCAUGACGCUCCAUCGGCACAGCACUGUCAAAGUCACCGAGCAUAUCCAUCGGACAUCGCUUCUGCAAGAUGGAAACUUCGUCGUUUUUCUGCAUCACGAGCACAUUGCACUAUGGGAUACGCGUGGACCGAUGGCGGUGGAAGUCUCCCGUCUCCCGUACAAAUUGAAGGGCAAGCCGUUGUGUCUGCUUGUCAUCCCGGAGACGCAGCCCGGUGGCCGCCUCGUGCAUAUCGCGACCAUCAGCUCUGAGAUGAAGAGCAUUUGCUGGGAAGUGCGGCUUCCGCUGCUUGAAAGAGAUCCUGUUACCGGUCGGAAACUUUCCGCUAUCACCCAAUAUACGAAUGGGUACACGAAUGGCUAUCCCGAGAUCGGUAUGGAGGAGUUCUCCUCCUUCGAUCUUGGCUCCGGAGAUGAUCUUGCGUUCGUCCUGCCUGUCGACCCUGCCGGCUCAGCGUCGGUAAUUUCGGGCUUCCUCGACACCUUCGCGCGCGACAUCGCCAUCUCAUACACUAAAUCCGGCGUCAUCAAGUCCUGGACUGCAAGGGUAAAUGCUGAGAAGCGUAAGCUGGAAUGGCUUCUGACAUCGACUGUCGACACCAGCGUGUCGCAUCCUUCUCUCGCUAGUGGAACCUCUAUACGAAAGGCUGCGCUCGUCGAUGCUGAUAAGACCACCCUGACGAUCUGGAACACCAGAAGUGCGCAGCUGGAGUACGAGGAGACUUUCAAAGGCAACGGCGUCAUCCAGGAUCUGGAUUGGUCUUCUACGCCCGACAACCAGUCCAUCUUAGCUGUCGGCUUCCCACACCGUGUGGUCAUCUAUGCCCAGCUGCGAUACGACUACCUUAAUGCUGGACCCGCCUGGGUGCCAAUUCGCGACGUGCGCAUCCGGGAUAUUACGCCGCAUCCUAUCGGCGAUUCAGUGUGGUUAGGUAGCGGUAACCUCGUUAUUGGAGCAGGUAACCAGCUCUUCAUUCAAGAUGAGAACGUGGAGGUUUCGGAAGGCUUGUUCCCUAGUCUUCGCAUGAUCUCUCGCAAGACGGCCUCCAUUGACAUCUUCACGGCUGUCAGUCGUCUCAACGGUCCACUUCCGGUAUAUCACCCGCAACUAUUAUCCCAGUGCGUGCUGGCGGGGAAGUUGCUGCUCGUACAGCGCAUUUUGAUGAGGUUAUAUCAGAAGCUGAAGUUUUACACCGAGGGCGAUGACCUUGAGAGCUCGUUAGGGUUCUCGCCAGAGGAUUUUUCGGAGAGUGCUGAGGACUAUAUGACGGCUUCACGAAAAGAGCUUCACUCAUCCUAUGCCGAUUUCUCUGAUGACACCGAGCCUCAGACUGUGACCGAAGAAGUCGCAGCGAACCUCAAUGGCCUGCUUCAAACAAAGCAGAUUCCCCUCCUCUCCAGUCGCGAGCAAUUCCAUCUCGCUGACAUUAUAGAAUGUGUCGGUAUGGUCGAGAAACACCGUCGCUCCGUCGAUGAUAAUGCAGGCCGCUUCUUGCUCUUCUUCCGGCAGCACGUCUUGAGUGAUGGUCAACAAGGCCCAAUAUCAUGGCGCGAGAUCACUUGGGCCUUCCAUUCGGGCAGCCAAGACAUCUUGGUCGAUCUCGUAACGAGGCACUUCAGUGGGAAGAUUCUUUGGCAGCACGCGAAGGAGUGUGGGCUGUUCAUGUGGAUGACGGACAUCACAACCUUGCGUUCUCAAUUCGAGAUUAUCGCCCGAAACGAGUACACAAAGUCCGAAGAAAAAAAUCCGGUAGACUGCAGUCUGUACUACCUGGCUCUCAAGAAGAAACCUGUUCUCGUGGGCCUAUGGCGAAUGGCGACCUGGUGCAGGGAACAGUCCGCUACGAAACGCCUCCUCUCCAACAACUUCAACGAAGAUCGAUGGAAAACUGCUGCGCUGAAGAAUGCAUAUGCACUCAUGGGCAAGCGACGGUUCGAAUACGCAGCUGCGUUCUUCCUUCUCGCCGAUCACCUCCUGGAUGCAAUAUCCGUUCUGCAUAAUCAGCUUGGCGAUACUCAACUCGCCAUCGCCGUAGCUCGCGUCUAUGGCGGUGACGAAUCGCCCGUUCUGCUAGACUUCCUGCGCGAGAAGAUACUUCCGCAAGCUGCUCGUGAGGGCAAUCGCUGGCUUGCCACGUGGGCAUUCUGGAUGCUCAAUAAGCGCGACAGUGCUGUGCGAAGCUUAGUGACACCAGUGUCCACCUUACUCAGCCCUCCUGAAACACCAAAUUUCAAGAGCAAGAGUUAUCUGACGGAUGACCCAGCGCUUGUGGUGCUGUACAAACAAUUGCGGGAGAAGAGUCUGCAGACGCUUAGGGGCGCAACUAUGGUAGGCAUGCGCGAGGAAUGGGAGUUCGUCCUGCAUACGGCAGAGUUGUAUGAGCGAAUGGGCUGUGAUCUUCUCGCUCUUGAUCUCGUCAAAACAUGGGAAUUCCUCACGCCCCCACCCACAAAAUUCCUUCCCAACCGACCACCACUCAGCCCCGCCAUCCCGCACGCAUCCUUCCACGCCCACACGGUCAAUCGGUCCGUUACUGACUUCGACUUCGACCCGCGAAAACUACUACGCCGGCGAAGCUCCCUCGUCAUCGCCGAUCUGCCGACGAGAGAACAUUUUGCAAACGCGCUGACGGAGAGUAAGGGGACGUUGCCGGAGAUUGUGAGUGAUGAAAGUGAGGAAGAGAGAGAAGAGAAGAUGGAGAAGAUGGAGAAGAUGGAGAAGAUGGAGAAGAGGAAGAAGCUAGACGGAGGAAAGAAGGUGGACGAGAAGAAGCCGCCGCCGACGCAGUUCCAGGAGCCAGAUGCUAAUAGUCUGUUGGACGCCUUUGGGUUCUAACGUGGUAUUUUGUAGGUGAGAGGUGUAUAUGAAUCGCGACCUGUAUUCGUAUAUUGGGAUCUGGCAGGAUUAGUGGGGUUUGGGUCGGGUGCAUAGCGCGGCGUUCGAGGCUGCUUGUUUUGUCUGCUUGAAGCCAAGCCUGAGUAUAAUUUCUCGAUAUCCUUCCUAACUUUUCAACCUCCUUUUCCCACCUACCACGUAUUCUACGUUUUAUUCAAAGACAGCUCGCCGCUUCCGAUACCGCCUCCCCCUUGGCCUCGGCGAAAGCUCGUUCGCAAUGGUCUCGUCCAGGCCAGA